AUUGUUUUGUGGCGAAGCGAAUAAUUGAUGUGUCUUCUUCUCUCAACAUUCUUUCCAGUGUUCAGCAAGUCGGGCAAGAAUCAGCGUCUCGCAAGGAGAAGCAAAGAUUCAACAAGAGGAUGCCAUCCUGGGUGCCCCAGUGGAACAUUUUGCUGACGCGCGCAGCUUUAAUUAUCCACGACAUUCCCUCGGCUUCACAACCAAUUCAGAGUGUCCAGUUCAGCUGAAGGCUGCAAUUGACCCCCUCACGCUUAAUCUUCGUGGAAUAGUUGUCGACUCCGUGGUUAGUUGCAUCCCGUCGAUGCCGAGGUGGGACUUCUCAUAUGUGGAAUCUAUACAGGCUCGUUCGGGACAGAAAUCCAGGGACUCAUUGGAAGAAGAAGACUUUGAUGAUCCUGGCCUGGGUGAUCCAACGCAGAACUCCCAAAGUCCUCUCGGAGAUCUGCUUCAAAGCACCCUAAAAACCAGAGAGCGUCUACAGAAAGUUGCUCUUACGCUUACCGCAGGUCAGACCUGGUAUGGGUUUCCAGUUAAAGAUGUCGAUGCACAUAUGGCCGACUAUAUGCGCUGUCUUUUGAAUGGCGGGCUUGGGUGGUCCCUCCGGAAGGAUGCAUUCGUAUCAGAGCAGCCGUUCGAGGACAAGAUACAGGAAUUCCCCAGCAAGGAGGAUCGAAAUGUGUUGAAAUACCUUGUCCAGUGCUGGGACCUGGAGAGCAGAGUGAAGAACGGUGAUGGGGGUCGGUUUCUCGAUGCAGUCGCCACAAUGUGUUCCAGACGCAAGCGCUUCACGACAAGUCAUGGGAUGGUUGGCAUUGGCCCGGAAACCAUGGAGGAAAAUGACAUAGUCUGCAUUCUUUAUGGGGCCGAGGUCCCUUUUAUCAUCAGACCUAGAAAUGAAGGGCCGGGAUAUGUUCUAGUUGGCGAAUGCUAUAUUCAGGAACUCAUGUCAGAACACGGUGGGAACCAGGUCCAGCGCGAGGACCAGGCUUGGUAUAAGAUGACAGAGGCGAAAGAGGCUUGGAUUGAACUUCAUUAGCUUGUUCCCUGUCCCGAACUGUGAGGGAGAGGGAGGGGGCGGCAGGCUACGGUUUCAUAUACGUCAAGAUGUCAAGAUCCAGGGACAGAGAACACAAUAACAUCAUGUUGAAUUCCAG